UAAUAAUCAUCAUCAGCACCAUCAUGUGAUGUUCUGCUAUUAUCAUCGUCAUCAUUUGUCUCUCAAGCCAUUAGAGUUCUUGUUUCUCCCUCCCCCCUCUCCCUUCACAUCCAAUUUUUUUUUUUUGUCCUAGACUCCUAAAGAAAUCCUCUCAAACUUAAGGAAACCCUAACCUCCCAAACUCAAAGUCCCAACUUUUUGUGCCUGUCUGAGCCAUGGACUUGAACCCCACCACCACCAACACGUCUCUCACCCAAACCCCAGAUACAGAUACUGAAACCCCACCACAGACCCAGCCUUUCAAGUCCUUAUCCUUCGCCAAUGGCUCCCUCAAGCCCCACAACCGCCAACCCAUAAUCUCGCCACAAGCACAACCACCACCUCCAGCAGCAGCAGCAGCACCGGUCAUGGUGGUGUCCUACAAAGAAUGCCUCAAGAACCACGCUGCCAGCAUGGGUGGCCUCGCCCUUGACGGCUGCGGGGAGUUCUUGCCCUCCCCCACCGCUACGUACUCCGACCCAACCUCGCUCAAGUGUGCAGCUUGUGGCUGCCACCGCAACUUCCACCGCCGCAGCAGUGAAGAUCCCACCCCCAAAAUCCUUAGCAUCCACAACAUCUCCUCCCCAAGUCCAAGCCCAAGCCCGGUAUGUUCCCCGCCACCAGUCUCACGUUUACCACCAUCCCAGUACUACUACUCGUCUAUGCCGCAAAUGUUGAUGUCUCUCAGCACCGCCUCUCCUCAACCGUCCGAUGAGUACCACCCAAAAUCCCACCCUACGGUGAUGAGGGCAGAUAACCCACUUGGGAGAAAGAGAUUCCGAACUAAAUUCACUCAGGAACAAAAGGAGAAGAUGUUUCUGUUUUGUGAGAGACUAGGUUGGAAGAUGCCGAAGAGCAAUGAGAUGUUGGUGGAGGAGUUCUGCAAUGAGGUUGGGAUCGAUAGGAGGGUCCUCAAGGUUUGGAUGCACAACAAUAAGAACCCUUUGAGGAAGAAAGAUCUGGGUUGUGGUCAUAAUAGCAGUGUCAAUGAUGAAAAUGGGAAUGGUGAUAGAGUUAACUUCGAGACCAAUGCCUAUAGCUGCAAAAAGGAGAUUGAUGACAAUGGAGGUGGCAGUCUUAAUCUUCAUGUUUCUACCACUGGGUCCUCUUCUUCAUCUUGAUCUGAAGAUAUGGAGAAGACAAAGCAUGCUUCUUUUUUUUUUUUUUUCAUUUUCCUUUUUUUUUUUUUUCUAAAUGUCUGCCUUGCUGAUCAAUUGUUACUGAUUACUCACCUUUUAUGAUGGAGAGGAAUAGAAGAGAGGUUAACAACGAAUGCUAAGUAAUUCUUAUUAGUUAUGAGUUUGUCUGUUAA